AUGGCAAAGGGACACACUGAUACCUCACCGCUGGUUGAUGGGCCGCCCGAUUCCAGCACCAAGCGCAAGAGGGUCGAGGAGCCAGUCCAGAAAUCGACGCAUUCAAAACGCAGGAAAUCUCGGAAGCCCAAGGACAUUCAAGAUGAUGAGAUCGAUCAAGAGCAAAAGGUCAAUAAGGGAAUUUCGCGCAUGGACAGUGUCCUCCUUGCGGACUUAAUCGUCCAACGAACGAAGCGAUUUGAGCCGGAAUUAAGUUCUGUGGAACUAGAAGAUAAACACAUCCCUUCAAAGGCGAUAUUUGACACCACCGUGUGGCAGGAGGACCGAACAGUGGAUCAACUUCCCAACUUUCUCGAAAAGUUUGCAGAAGACAAGCUAUCUGUAUGUCCGAAACCGAAUGGCAGUCCUCACACUUUGGUCCUCGCCAUGGCUGGGCUUAGAGCGGCAGAUCUAGCUCGAUCUCUCCGGAAAUUUCAGACCAAGGAUGCGCUGAUAGCCAAACUUUUUGCCAAGCACAUCAAACUGAAUGAGGCCAUUGAGUCAUGCAAACGUUAUAGGAUGAACAUUGGAGUCGGCACUCCUCAGCGAGUUCUCGACCUCCUGGAGGCCGGAUGUCUAUCAACCGAUCACUUAAAAAGAAUCGUGCUUGAUGCAUCGUACGUGGAUCCGAAGAAGAGAGGGGUCAUGGAUAUGAAGGAGGUCACCGUGCCAUUGACCAAGCUACUUUCACGGCCAGAACUCAAGUCAAAAUAUGGCGUGGACCUUCAGAUACUAUUCUUCUAG